CAUGGGUUAUGGAUUAUAUUUGGGUAUCUUAACAUAGUGACAUUUCUAGACACCUCGUGUCGCGGACAUCCAUCCAAAAGAUAUUUUUCUACUCCCUAAAAUUGCUUUCAGAAAUUGUCGUCACACUUACCCACUUGCAGCCUGCUUAUACUGGGUUAGGGUUUGUGUCUAUAAGCCGCAAGAAGAGAGGGAAAAAAAAAAAAAAAAAAAAAGAUGCAGCAGCCACCGCAGAUGAUCCCUGUGAUGCCUUCAUUUCCGCCCACUAACAUCACUACUGAGCAGAUUCAGAAGUACCUCGAUGAGAACAAAAAGUUGAUUUUGGCCAUAUUGGACAAUCAAAACCUUGGAAAACUUGCUGAGUGUGCGCAGUACCAAGCUCAGCUUCAAAAGAAUUUAAUGUAUUUAGCAGCAAUUGCUGAUGCCCAACCACAGGCACCGACAAUGCCUCCCCAGAUGGCCCCACAUCCUGGUAUGCAACAGGGAGGAUAUUAUAUGCAACAUCCACAGGCAGCAGCAAUGGCUCAGCAACAAGGCCUUUUCCCCCCAAAGAUGCCAAUGCAGUUUAGUAACCCCCAUCAAAUACAGGAUCCUCAACAGCAAUUGCAUCAGCAGCAACAAGCAGCAAUGCAAGGACAAAUGGGAAUGAGACCUGCAGGGACCAACAAUGGCAUGCAUCCCAUGCAGCAUACUGAUACAACUAUUGGUGCUGGUGUUAGUGGCGGCCCUACUUCAACUUUAGGCCCAAAUGGAGGAAACAAGCCAGACGUCUCUGAGGCUGGAGCAGCUGGUGCUGAUGGCCAGGGGAACUCAGCUGCUGGGCAUGGCAGUGGUGAUGGGGAGGAGGCAAAAUGACAUGAUCCUUUGAAUCUACGUUCCACAUUGAUGCAUGUGGCUGUUAAUAGUAGUUUCCUUUUUCUUUUCUUUUUUUUCUUUUUUUUUAUAUUUUAUAAAUUCGUUUUCUCGUUUUUCUACAGCAUCUUUUAUGCUAUGCUAAUCUUUGAUAGAUUGAGCAAAGAACCAAAGUUUACUUUGUUUUUAGUCUUUAGGACAUUAGAUAGGAUAGUUGUGUUGUGUCUUUUGGCAUGCAAUGGAUUCUGUUAUCAAGGAUGGUUUAGUUGUUGAGGGAAGAGGUGGAAGCUUGUUCUGUCAAUUGGAAACUUAUAAAUGUGUGGGGGCAUUCAUUAAGUUAUAGUCCCGCAUUUCCAUCA